UAUUCAUUGGCUUUGGUAUAUACUCAAAUGUCAAAACAUUUUUAUGUGUCUUGUAAGCCAUAAUAUUAUAAAAGAAAAUAAAAACUUGGAAAUAAUAUAAUUUGAAAUAUUUCUAAUAUAAAAAAUCGUUCCAGCCAGGUGUAGCUUAGUUAAAUUUGUAUGAAUUAGAAAUACACGCUUUCCAUUAAAUCUGCCAAAAAUAUUUGAAGUUAGGAAUUAGGGUUAGGUAUACUUGAAAUGAGUAAUGAAUGGAAUUGGAAUGCAAGCCAAGGCGGCAAUCGUGGUGGCUCUCACAGAGGUGGUUUUAGACGAGAUUCACAUAGACGCAUGCCUAGGAACCCGCACUUUGGGUACCGCAAAGAUGGAUACCACAAACAAGGCGGCGGCAAUAACAUGUGGGACAACAGGCCGCCGAAAAGAGAAAUCCCGCAAUUGAGGUUACUGGAGUCAGAUAUUGGAGUGACUGAAUUCGUUUCAGAUCAUAAAGGGUUUACGGGAAUUAUAAAAUCAAGAUAUUCAGAUUUUCAAGUGUCAGAGAUCAAUGAUGAUGGUAAAAUGGCCGAGCUGACAGACAUGAGAUCUCCUCAGCCCCCUGAAGAGGAGAAGGUGGAUGAAGAUGAGGAUCUGCUAAUCACAAAAUACAACUUAGAGAUCUUACCCAUGGAGACAUGGGAUAAAAUCAAUACCCUGUCAGUGUCGCAGGUCAAGACCAAUGAUGUGGUGGAGAUUGAUAUGACUGGUGUGACUAAGGAGCAAAGAACUAAGAUACAUGACGCUGUAAAGAAAGCAUUUGGUGCUAAAAUUGUUGGAAGCACAGUCAAUAUUGAUGACAAGAAAUUUAUGCGUUUUACAAAAUAUCGCAAAGGAGUGCGUGUUGACAAUAGAAUUAAAUGGGUGUGGCCAGCAGAGUAUGUGCACUUUAUAGUGCAUAAGGAAAACUGUGACACUUUGGAAGCUGCUGCGAGAAUCGCUGAAGCACUUAAAUUAAACGGCAGACCAUCGAUGUUAGGUUACGCUGGCACGAAGGAUCGUCGUGCUAAAACCUCGCAAUGGUUCAGCCUGCGCAAGGUGGACCCGCGCAAAAUAGCGGCCGGCUGCAGCGGGCUCGGGAACAUACACGUCGGCAACUAUACCUUCAGCAAGACUCAUAUUAAACUUGGAAUGCUCAAGGGGAAUAGGUUCCGCAUAGUACUGCGCAGUAUAGAGGAACCAGACGAGGAAGUAGAUAAAGCAUGUGAGAACCUGCGGAGCCGCGGCUUCAUCAACUAUUACGGACUGCAGAGGUUCGGCGCGAGCGUCGACAUUCCCACUUACGAGAUCGGCAAGCAACUGCUGCAGGCGAAUCUUAAAAAAGCGGUGGAGAGCGUGGUGGCGGUGGCGGGGCGCGGGCGCAGCUACCAGCGCCACACGCGCAUGACGCGCGCGCUGCAGCGCCGCCCCAACGACCUCGCCGGCGCGCUCAGUGCGUUGCCGCGAAACGUGAUCUUGCUGUAUUUACACUCGUACCAGUCGCUGAUCUGGAACAAGGUGGUGUCGAUGCGGAUACGACGGUUCGGACUCAAGCCCGUCGCGGGGGACCUCGUGCCGCUCGUCGCCGGACACGAAGACGAAGCUUGCGAGGACGCGGUAGUAGACUAUGACGACGACAAUGACACGGAAUGUCACGAGGACGACACAGAUGGCGUUGACAAGCAAGAUGACGUCGACAAAGAUGGCGCCGAAAACAAAGAUGGCGACGGCGGGGAAAAGAGUACGGAAGCGGAAGAAACCAAGAGAGAGUCUAAAACAAAAUUCCCAGUUAAAAUAUUGACACAAGAGGACAUUGACAGUUCACGGUACACAAUAUUCGACAUUGUGAUGCCGUUGCCAGGGUACAAUGUCGAGUACCCGCCGAAUAUGAAAGACUAUUACCAAGAGUUGGUAGCUGAAGAUAAUUUAACUUUGGAGAUGAAACACAAGUCUAAGACCUACAGCAUGUCGGGCGCGUACCGGCGCAUGUGCGCGCGGCCGGCGGAGCUGUCGUGGCGGCGCGCGCGCUACUCCGACCCGCGCGCCGACCUGCUGCUCUCCGACAUCGACCACAUCCGCGGCUGCACCACCACCGCUGAGCUCGAAGAUGGUAAAUACAAAGCCCUAAUAAUAACAUUAACGUUACCGCCAAGUUGUUACGCGACAAUGGCCCUACGUGAGUUGCUCAAAAUGGACACUUCAUCCGCCACUCAUGCGCAGAAAGACCAACAGCAAAAGCGAAAAGCAGACCUCGAGAUCCGACAGGCUAAGAGGGCUAAGAAGGCUGAGGCUAAGUUAUCGGAGGGAGAAGGUACACAGGCUGAGAAAGGUGAAGAGGUCGGAGAACAAGCAGAGACGGCUGUAAAGGAAGAGGUAGCAGAGGGCCAAGUUGAAAACGAUGAGAAAGUUGGCGAGUCUGAGGAUGGAGUAGUUCCAAAGGCAGAAAGUCAGGCUGAUGAAGCAAUGCCAGAAGUGAAACACACAGUUUACGGUAGCAAGGAUCAAGAGGCUGAAAUUAAGACGGAAGAAUAAUUAGAUUAUAAAAUUGGCGAAUGGCGUGCGUUGUCGGAUCUUUGAGUAAAUCCGUAAUAUUGAUAAGUUUAACUUUGUCGUGUGACGUAUUGGCCGUGUGUAUGUUUAAAAUAUGAGAAAUAUAUUUAGGGUAUUGUUUCUUGUAACUUUAUUUUACAACUUGUAUCAUAAUAAGAUCUAGGAUCACGCUUAUGCGACAAGAUUCUUAUUUAUAGUUUUGCUAGCGGCUCCGCUAUUGCUUACAAGUAAGUUAUUUUUAUUCUGAAUGCAUUAAUGGCGCAUUAUGUAAUAUACUUUUAACAUGAUAUCCGAUUAACGCCUUAACACAAAGACUUUGCUGGUGGAAGGGUUUCAAUAUUUUUUUUAUCCGAUUCCAAGCCUUGUCGACCAGCCCUUUUCCGUCGUUAAGUAGUAUAAAUCCAGGAAUGCAGACGUAUGCGACCAUAAGGUUUAAUGUCGUAUUAGCAUAAAGAAAAAUUAAGGCAAGAUCAAUUAAUGAUUCACAUUAAUCUGGAUGGUUCACAUUGACCGGGACAACAGCGACACGCGGAGCCGCGGGCAAAAAUAGUGCGUAUAUAAAAAUAACAUAUUGUGAUAGUGGUGUUUUUAUAGUUGUACGCAUUUGAAUAUUUUAAAACAAAUAAAUAAGAUUUAUCCUC